ACCCUUACCAGGGCACGUGCAGUGCUGCACUCCUAAUUCAAUUCCCGAUUGAAUUACUAUAAUAUACGGGCACUAGGACCCACGGAGAGCCUGGUAAAUUUCAGGACGGCAGAAUUGAAAAAAACGCCUGGAAUCGUGAGUGGAGGCAGUAGCUCGGAGUCGGACAUCCUCGACUAUCGCUCCCAUCUCAUCCACACUGCCUGGCGACGCACGGGAAAAGUUUUGGAGGAACGUAUAGUUUGAGGAAUGGCGAGGAUCGGCGCCUUUUUCCUGUCCUUAAGUUUCUUGGAACUCAUCCAUCAAGCCAGCGGGGUCCAGAUGCGAACUUCAGACCAUGAUGUCGAAGUGAAGGAGCAUGGCACGGCGACCCUGAAGUGCAGUUAUGACCUGGAGCAGCCUGCCAAGCCCCGGCUGGAGUGGAAGAUGAUCAAAGGUCAACAGAUCUCCUUCGUCUACUUCAGUGAAGCUCUCAAGGAUGAGUACAAAGACAGGGCGAAAAUCACCAGCACCGGCAUGGAGCUGCGCAGUGUGACUCGGGAGGACACUGCCACCUACCGCUGUGAAGUCACCGCCUCCGACGACCGGAAGACUUUUGCGGAGGUCUCCAUCAAGCUCAUCGUCCUGGUCCCGCCAGCUGUUCCCACAUGUAAGGUACCGAGCUCGGCGCUGUCCGGGUCGACGGUCAAGCUCCUCUGUGAGGAGUCCGAAGGCUCCCCUCCCUCCGAGUACACGUGGUACAAAGACGACAAGGUUCUCCCGGAAGUUCCAGCCAAGAAUUCCAUGGACUCCAACAUGUCCUACACUGUGAACUCGAAGACUGGGAUGCUGAUGUUUAACCCGGUGAAGAAAAGCAACAGUGGCUCCUACUCCUGUGAAGCCCGUAACAAAGUUGGCCGGUCAGCGAGAUGUUCUGUCAAGUUCAUGCAGAUCAACGACCUUGACGUCAGCGCGAUUGUCAUCGCCGUGGUGAUCGUGGCCUUUGUGCUGUUACUGUGUGGACUCGGGCUCUGCUACGCCCGGAGGAAGGGCUACUUGGGGAAGAGAAGAUCAACCACGUCGAGUGCCGCCAGCCGCACCAGUGCUCCUCCUGCCCCUGAAGACUUCAAACAUACCAAGUCUUUUGUCAUCUGACAUCUUGCGAAGAAUGGUACAUCCGUGAAGAAUUCCAAACCACUUCUCCAAUCCAUAAAGAAUAUUGCAUUUGGGACAAUGGGGUAGACAUUGACACCACUCCCUCAUUGCUGGCCUCCAGCAUCUCCCUGAAUUCCAUUUCCAUGUUUACUGGCCUUGCCUUCUGCUGCUGGGGCCCAGAUACCCUCUCCCCGUGCCCCCUGGCACCAAUGUAAGCUGUCCUAAUAUUUUGUCUGGUUCACUCGCAGUUUCUGUCAGAGCAGGCUCACUUGAUUUUCUGUAAGGUGAUGUACGACUGUUUACAAUAUUAAUUGCCAGUCAUCUUAUUUACAAACCCGAUGAUUGAUAUCAACAGAAAUUAAAAAUCAAAAGAGAUUUAAUCUUGGCUGGCCACUAGCUUAUUUUUGUCAUUAAGUCACACAUGGAAACGGGCUCUUUGGCCUAACUCAUCCAUGUGUUGCCCAAAGAGCUAGUCCCAUCUUGCCUACAUUUGGCCCACAGACAUCUAAACCUAUCCAUGUAAACAGAAAGGAUCUGCCCAGCGCUAUACACUCAGUGACCAAUUUAUUAGGUACAGGAGUGGAACCCGGUGUGGCCUCCUGCUGUUAUAGCCCUCCUAAUUCAAGGUUCGACAUGUCCGUUCAGAAAUGCUAUUCUGCAAACCACUGUUGUAACAUGUGGUUAUUUGAGUUACCGUUGCCUUCUUGUUAUCUUGAACCAGGCUGCCGUUCUCCUCUGACCUCUCUCAUUAACAAGGCAUCUUAUCUCACAGAACUGCCACUCACUGGACAUUUAUCAUUUUUCGCAUCGUUCUCUGUAAACUGUAUAUACCGUUGUAUGUGAAAAUCCCAGGAGGAGAUCAGCAGUUUCUGAGAUACUCAAACCACCCCAUCUUGCACCAACGAUCAUUCCAUGGUCAAAGUCACUUGGAUCGCCUUUCUUCCUCAUUCUGAUGUUUGGUCUGAACAACAACUGAACCUCUUGACCAUGUCUGCAUGCUUUUAUGCAUUGAGUUGCUGCCACAUGAUUAGCUGAUUUAAUAUUUGCAUUACGAGCCGGUGUACAAGAGUCCUUAAUAAAGUGGCCACUGAGAGUACAGUCCAUCGAUUGGUAAUGAUCAGGAUCCAUUUUUACAGAUAACUCCAAGUCAAUUUUGACAGCAACUUAAACAAUACACAAAUAAUAUUUCCAUACCUUCUCAAUGUCAUAAUAAAUUGCAUCCAAAAGCACGUAAGGCUGUUAAGGAAGAACAUUCACUAAAAAAAGGUUCUGGGAACAACUGUCUCUACAAGCGUUGUGCUUUUGAAUUUAUUUGUUCAUUUUAUUUGUCCAUAAGCCAGGUGUUCAUAACCUGGAGUUGACCUGUAGUCACGAGUAGCUUGGAAUAAUCUGAACUCUUCACCAUCAGUGACCUUCAAGUGUCUUAAUUUCUGUUUUGUGUACUUUGUUUUCUUAUAAAUCUAUUGCUCCAUAAACAAGUUAUGAAUAUCAGAACACCAAUGAACACUAGUUUUUCUAUAACAAUGAUACAAUCUUUAGAGAGCCCUAAAUGAGAAAAACUACAUUCAGUGACCAUUUUUAGUACCUCCUGAGUGUAUGUUCUUGGUCUGUUGUUGCUGUCGUCCAUCCACUUAAAGAUUUGACUUGUGUGUUCACCGAUGCUCUUCUGCACACCACUGCUGUAACGUGUGGUUAUUUCAAUUACGGCUGCCUUCCUGUCAGCUUGAACCAGUGUGGCCAUUCUCCUCUGAUCUUUGCCAUUAAAAAAGGGGUUUUGUCCACAGAACUACCACUCACUGGAUUUUUUUUUUUUUUUUGCUUUUUGUACCAUUCUCCAUUAACUCUAGUGACUGCUAUGCAUGAAUUUCCCAGGAUAGCAGCAGUUUCUGAGUUUCUCAAAUCAACCUGUCUGGUGCCUACAAUCAUUUCACAGUCAAAUUCUCUUGGAUCACAUUACCCCAUUUUGAUGUUUGUACUGAACAACAAUUGAACCUCUUGACUAUGCCUGCAUGCAUUUAUGCAUUGAAUUGCUGCCACAUGAUUGACUGAUUAGAUAUUUGCAUUAAUGAGCAAGUGUACCUAAUAAAGUGGCCACAGAGUGUAUGUGGGGUGAAAUGUGAAGUCCUUCACUCUGAAUUUAAGUGACAAAUUUGUUAAUUUUGCACCAUGUAUAGAGUGACAAAGUUAUGGAUAAUUUGCACAAAUCAUUGAAAGCUAAUUUCCGCAUGCAAAAACAAACCAAAAAGCCAAUGAAGCAUUGUUAUUUUAUUUUCAAGUGUUGUGUGUGAAUCCAGAUGUGUUGCUUUGAUUGGACAGAGCCUGAAACAGAUUCUAUUUUCAGAGUCCAGAUGAAGGGUCUCCACCCAAAAUAGUGACUCUCCAGUUCCCUCCGCAGAUGCUGCCUGGCUCGUUGAGGUCCUUCAGUAGCUUGUUAUUUACACCAUGUAGAAACAGUAUUCAAUUUUGGUCAUAUGACAUGGAAGUAGAAUUGGGCCAUUUGGCCCAUCGGCUCUGCUCCAUCAUCAUGGCUGAUUUAUUAUCCCUCUCAACCCCAAACUUCUACCUUUUCCCUGUAACCUUUGACACCUAACUAAACAAGAACCUGUCAACCUCCGUGUUAAAUAUACCCAUUUUGGAUGCCAUUAGAUUUGUAAGAAUGACACAAGGCUUAAUUGGUUGCAUAAAUUAUUGCUGUGACUGGAGGACCUGAGCUUAAGGAAUGGUUUGAUAGGUUAUGACUUUAUUCCUUGGAACAUAGAAGAUUGAGGGAGAUUUGAUAGAGGUAUGCAAAAUUAUAAGGGGUAUAGAUAGGGCAAGCAGGCUUUUUCCACGGAGAUUGGGUGAGACUACAACCAGAGGUUCAUGAGUUAAGGGUGAAAGGUGAAGCAUUUAAGGGGAAUGAGAGGUGACUUCUUCACUCAGAGGGUCAUGAGAGUGUGGAAUGAGCUACCAGAGCAAGUGGUAAAUGCAGCUCAAUUUCAAUGUUUAGGAGAAGUUUGGAUAGGUCCGUGGAUGGCGGGGUUUGAAGGGCUUUGGUCCAGGUGCAGGUUGAUGGGAGUAGGCAGUUUAAAUGGUUUGGCAUGGACUAAAUGGGCCAAAGGGCCUGUUUCUGUGCUGUACUUUUCUGUGACUCUAAAUUCAGUUUGUAUUUGCAUCAUAGUUCAAAGAAUGAUAAUCAAAAUGUCAAAAGGAAUAUUAUGGAGAGCUACAAACCAUGUCAUAUUAAUUCUCGAGGCAUAGGAACCAAAAAUUAAGAACACAGAUGGAUCAUUCAGGAGGGAAGGUAAUUUGCAAAUGGAUGGUGGCAGGAAGCUAGAAUUUACAGGUUGUGAAUUGUGGCUUUGAAGGCAGAAUUUAAUUUGACAAGUUGAGAAAUGGGCCAUGUGGUAUAUAAAUGAACAAAGGACAGACUUUUGUAUUUUUCACAUAUUAUUAUCCAUACCCAGUCUAUUGUACUAUCCAUAUUCCUCCCUCCCUUUCCAAGACCAUACGACAUUGGAGCCAGAUUAGGCCAUUCAGCCUGUUGAGUCUGCUGCACCGUUCCGUAAUGCCUGAUUUAUUAUACCUUUCAACCCCUUUCUCCUAUAAAACUAUACAACAUAGGAGCAGAAUUACAACAUUGAAGCCAGAUACUUGUAUCUGGACUGACAUCAUAUCACUCUCAUACUACUUGUUGUAUGUCCCAUUCUCCCUCCAGAUCAACAGUUACAUUUUGCAGUUCUUAAUUUUGUACUGUCUAUCAAGUGUCCAUAAAUUGUACAAAUGUGGUUUAUAAUUGACCGUAAACUACAUGUGAGAUUAAAGGCAGGAAUAUCUUGUGUUGGGUCCACCCCAAGAGUAUCAACAGCUUGCGUUAUUUUUCUGGAAUCCUGGUGUCCCAUCUGUAUUUGAGAAACUUUCAGUAUUUGCAGUGGCCCUUGAGCGUGUCAGUAUUAGCCCUGAAAAAGAACAAUACUCCCAAGAAAAAAUACCUACGGAAUCAGUAUUAUGAGGGAACCUCAGAAAUAUCAAUAUUUGAGGGAAGACCCCUAGAAUAUAACAUUUCCAGAGGGGUUCUGGAAAUUUCCAAGAAGAAACCCUCAGAGGUAUCAGUAUUUGCAUGCAGGUCCCCAGGAUUAAGAGCAUUUGGUUGUAAUGUCCACGUGAGCUCAGAUAUACAUAAAUGUAUACAAGAUUGUCAGAAUUUGCAGAGGUAUCCACACAGCAAACUUCAGAUGUUUGCUACUGAUACAUUUCUUAUAUGAGUCCUUCAAAAAAAUGCCUAUCAGUUUUUACUUAAUGCAGGUAUGCCUUGUAUAUUUUCAACACUUUUUUUUCAGUUUAUUAAUUUGCAAUCAUUUGCGUGCAAGCACUUUUAAUGUUUUAGGUGUUUGGGGGUAUGUAACUUGAAAAUGAGAAAUUAUGUUGCUGUGCCUAAUAUCCAACAAUUAAAAAAAAAGCACACUGUGCAAUUUUAACUUGAUGUCUAUCUGCUAAUGACUUAACUCUUGACUUUUUUUGAACUUACUGUAUCCCUUAGCCACUUGUUUUUCUCUUUAACACAAAUUAAACUCUACGUGGAACUUCCAGAGGUUGGUCACUGUGUG